AUGGGCUACUGCUCAGGCAAAGAAGUCCUUAAAUAUUGGUUAUUGCUUAAAUCUCUUGAAUUGGUCCAGACCCCUAGUGGCUUUCAGGCCAAUUUGGGCAUUGGAGAGGUUUUACAUGCUGAAUCAUGGAGCUUAUACUAUGGUUUGAAACAAGCUAUUUCUUGUGGUAUUGAUAUGCUAGAAAUCGAAUCUGAUUCGACUCUUUUGGUCAAACUUGUUCUCGACAAUGAUACUACAUUUCACCCUCUUGGCUCUCUGAUUUCUUGCUACAGAAAUUUGCUCGGGAGAUUCAGUUCUGUUUCUCUUAAUCAUAUUUUUAGAGAGUGCAAUAUGGUGGCUGACUGUUUUGACAAAAACAGUAUUAACCAUGACUAUGGAGUGAUUGAAUUUGCCGACCCUCCUCCUCAUGCUUUGCAGGCUUACUUGGAUGAUCUGGAUUCUGUUGGUAGACCAAUUGGGCAUGAUUUUGAUGAUGUUUAG